AUGAGGAGUCAUCGCAAGGCUGCCAAUCCCCUCCACCAAGGACUACCCAAGGACGUGCCGGUCCGUGUGAGCAGCACCGGUCUGGUCCAGUGGAGAGUGGAGACCCUGACCACCACAGUGUGUGAAGCCAACCCCUUCCUCUUCCCCGCAGACACCAUGGAAUGCGAAGUCUGUUUUUCUGCAACCACGGCAAUCGAGCAAACCAUACAAUGCCACGAGGGAGGCUCCACAUCCGAUGUGCGCCAUCCUUGUGGCUCGUUCUCCACUCCAAUAGCGGAGGGAGAAUGGUACCGGAGUGACAAGAUAUUCGAACAAAAUCAGACGGAGGCGUGCUUUGCCCUACAACUGUCGAGGAUCCCGACGUUCCACAUCGCCACUACUGUUGGACCCUGCAUCAUCCUGAUUGUGCUGAUGACCAUCACCUUCAUCAUGCCCAUAGGAGAGGGAGACCGGAUCUCCUUCGGAGUGACCAUUCAGCUCUCCAUGGUCGUGUCUCUCGUGUUUGUAACGGAAGUUCUUCCUGUCAAGGGGGCUCUGCCAUUUUUCGCCACGCUGAUCAUUGUGUGCAUGGGCCUGAUGGGACUGUUCCUCUUCCUCACCAUGGCCGUCAUCUUCAUUCACGGCAAAGAGGGGAGCCUGUCUCCACUGGCGAGGGUUAUUUUCCUCCGCUACACAGCAAGGGUAUUACUUCUGGGAGAUCUCACAGAGGACAAGCAAGCCAGCACGGGUACCGCGGCCGCUGACGAUCCCCGGACCAACAUCGCGCUUGACGAUGACAUGGUGGCUGAGGAUGGAGGCAGCGCCCCUGAAAUAUGGCUGUGGGGUGGUGCAAAAUCCAGGAUGAUCAGACGGGCAUUUAAGCCUCCUACAGGACGUAGGUCCACUGGAUCCUCGGGAGAGAACGAGAUGACCAAGGCUGUGAAGAAAGGAAGCGAGGACCUGGUCCAAGCUGUGAAGAUUGGCAUGGUCGAGUUGAAGGACGAGAUGAAGAUUGGCAGGGCCGAGUUGAAGGACGAGAUGAAGAAGCUGACCAAGGCAGUAAAGAACGAGGAGGUGGUGUCCGACUAUACCCUGCUGGCGAAGGUCCUGGACAGGCUGUGUCUGAUGAUCCUGUACGUCAUCAGCAUCGUGGCAGCCAUUCCUUUGACCAGGUAUUUGAGCAGGUAAAGAGCCAAGAAGGAUGCCAACAGCGAGAGCACGAUGUACUACCAGAGGUGACAGGCUGUGUCAGCUGUCACAUUUCCAAGCCGGGGUCCGGCCGAGAAUCUUUAGGGAGCGAAAAGAAUGACAUAAAAGGCACCAAAAUACACAACAUUUCAAAAUGAGAUUCAUGGGCACGAUUUGUGCAUAUUUAAUUUUCCGGCUGGGCCCCGGUUUGGAAACGUGACCUAAGCCUAAGGAUGCCCCAUGUCUAAAUAUCGGUGAACUAUCAGCAGAUUUCAUCAAAUAGCAGCCCUGCCUCUUGUUGUAUAUAUGUAUACUUAUUUUAGUACUAUUCGCCCAAUAAGAUAACAUGUGUUUGUUGUUUGAAAAGCUACUUGUUGAAAGAUAUGUCGAGUUACUUUCGUUGCCGUUAAAAACAAUGUAUGUUCUUUAGAAUAAAACCUCUAUGCUGUGUUUGCAAGAGGGUUAUGUAGAAUGUUACCUAAUGUGUUCGAAGCAUAAUAAUGUAAUGAACAACUUGCCAAUUUAAGAAUUAUCAUUCAAACUCUACAACUUCAAUGUCAAUGUCAAAGACUAAAAUCUAUGUGUAACUACUUUGUAACUUUUCUAUAGCUACUUUUCAAUCUUUAUUAGCUUAUGAAUUGUUAAAUUGUAUUAUAGUUUGUUACUUUUGGGGGAAGAGCAUGUAUAAGCCACGAGGCUUCCUUCCCCCCUGGACGUUCUUUCAUUCUUUAAUUUGUUUUAUGUGUCUUUUUUUAAUUGUGCAAAAUAAAUCAAUUUUUAAAAAAAAUCUAAUUUACGGUUAUCUAAGCAGAAAUAAGCACAAACAUGUGACCGUUGGUCUGUGACGUAAUCCUGGUAUAUAUAGGUUGUUUUGCUUUCUGUGGUGUGUGACGUUGUGCUUGUAUCACAUAAUCAUUACAUUUAUUGAACCUAUGGAGUUAGUUUGUCUUACAUAUGUCUGCCACAUGUGAAGCACAAUACUAUAUU